CUAAAGAAAAUUUACCAAAAAAAUUUAAUCGAAUUUCCAUCAAUUUUUGGUAUUGAUAAUAUGAUGGAAAAGACUUCAGAUGCUAUGAAAAUUAUACUUCGCAGUCUUGGAAUAUUAAUAAAUAAGGAAAAAUUUUCAGCAUUAAUUCAAAAAUCCUUACAUUUACUUAAAAAAAGAAACAAUCAUAAUAUAUCUUUAGAAGAAACAAUUGAUUCCGAUGAUGAACUUGAUAUGAUUUCUGGAGACUCAAAAUUAAAUUUAAACGAAAUAGAUAAUGAAUAUGAAAUGGCUAGUGGAAAUACUCAACUAACUUUGGAAUUAGUAUUUGAAGACGAUUUUUUUGAAAAAAUCAACAAAAGUUUUAGAAAAUCUUGUGAAUUAAAUCCAUUAACUAUAAUGCAAAUUAUGUCAGAUUAUCGAGGAGAAAAAAAAAUUGGAAACAAAGCCACAUCUAAUAAAAAAAAUAUCACGGUAGUAACUGAAUUAGGCAAAAUUGAUAUUAUGGCUGCUGUUCAGCAGGAUAGAUUAAGUAAUAGAGAUUUUUAUUAUUACUGUGAAAAUAAUUCUUCUAUUGUAAUCGCUGAGAUUAUCGCAGUAUUUGAGAAACGUGGAUCAAGUUAUAUUCGUAUAGACUUAUUAACAGGCUUAAAUAAGGGAAAGAUCCAUGCGCAUUUAUAUGAUCUUAAGUCAGAUUCAGCAUGUGAAUUUACUCCUAUUAUAAAUCAAAAUCGCACACAAUUCAUAUGUGAAUCUAGCUCAUUUCAUUUUGUUGCACAUUUGGAUUCUGUAUCAGAAGAAUAUCACGGAGCUUCUCACUG